AUGGAGAACCAUACAUACAACGAGCACUUUCUCCAGCUGGAGGGGUUGAAGGUCACCCACCAGUCCUCCUACCCUGUUUUCAUUUUCAUCCUCAUCAUAUACAUCUUUACUAUGGUGGCCAAUAUCAGCCUUACAGUGCUGAUCUCCAUGGAGAGGAGCCUGCAUAAGCCCAUGUACAUCCUCCUCUGCAACAUGCAUCUCAAUGAUGCUCUCAAUAUCACAGCCAUCAUACCUCGAGUGCUGAGUGACAUUUUAAAAGCAAGUGCAGACAGAUAUAUUACCUACAUUGAAUGUGCCACGCAAGCGUUCUGUGGUCACUUUUUUGGUACGAAUACACAUACAAUACUAAUGAUUAUGGCCUUUGACAGGUAUAUGGCCAUAUGCAACCCUCUACGAUACGCCACCAUCAUGAACAACAAAAUGCUUGUGAAGCUGUGUGUGUCUGCCUGGGGAGUGUCGUUUGUCUUUGUGGGGGGGCUUAUAAGCCUCUCAAUCCGCUUAUCACGCUGCAGGUCACAAGUCAUCAACCCUUUCUGCGACAACCCAUCAUUAUUCAAGCUCUCCUGUGACGACUUGCUCAUCAACCAAAUCUAUGGUCUCUUUUUCACCGCUGUAUUCUUAAUUGCCUCCAUGGGGAGUGUGGCUCUGGCAUACAUUAACAUCGCCAUUGUGUGUGUGAGAAGUAAAAGCAAGUCACUAAACAGCAAGGCCCUGCAGACCUGCUCUACACACAUGGCUGUAUACCUCAUUAUGCUGAUAACCGGUUUCGUCAUUAUCUUUCUUCAUCGUUACCCACAGUGGUCAAACCAAAGGAAAGUGGCAUCCAUUAUGUUUCACUUGGUUCCACCUUGCCUCAACCCCAUUAUCUAUGGGCUACAGUCCAAAGACAUCCGGACAUUAUUGGUGCAAAUGAUCAAGUCUAAGACAGUUUUUCUUUAAUUGUAAGAUAACUUUUGUGUACAGGUUAUGUUUUCCCCUAUUGAAAUGCAGUUUGUGAACUAGGACUAUGUUAACAAAUGUAAAAAAGUAUAUUAUAUUAUUCUAUCCAUGGGUUAUAGUACACGUUUCAUCACAAUAUUGUUUUGAAUGAUCUUUUGAAGACUGACUCCCGACUGAACAUUCUACUCAAUACAGUACAUUCUCAAUUGGCACUAGGGUUGCAAAAUUCCAAGUAUUUUCCCCCAAAAUUUCCUGGCUUUCCAGAAAUCUGGGAUUUCAGUUUAUGCCAUCCUG